ACGAUGGUGCGCACCAGACAGCGAUACAUGCUUUGCAAGCUUGUGCACAAGAGCGGCAACAAGUUUUGUGUCUUCGGACACACGCAGAAUGAAGUUGAAGAAGCUGUACGAAACAAAAUUCAGAAAAUGUACGGUGCGUACGGUGCCGCUAUAUGCAGAGAAGUCACAGUGAAAUAUUUGCACGCCGCUUCCGGAACAGUGAUUCUGAGAUUCGCUCCUCCGGGACAACGCAUAGUCGGUGGAGCUGUGACAAAUACCUCGAUUGGGGAUUUUCACUUUACAAUUUGUCAGGUCGCUGGCACAGGUCGCACCGUGACAAAGAAAUUGAUCCGAAUGCUCAAACUCGACAUCAUUGAAGCCCAGGCUCUAUACUCAUCCGCGGACCGGGAGAAGUCAGAGAAAAGCCUGUCCGAGCUGAUCGGGAAAAUCGAAUCGGGGGAGUCUGCCAUACCUUAUUGAGAUUUUGUUUCUCGAAUCCUACCGAUCCCCGCCCGCCUCCGCUGAUGCGCAUACAUUUAAGCGAGCCGCCGUGGUUCCCUGACUAAUAAAGCGCGACUGUCCGUGAUCGCAAAA